GCCGCGCGUGCGCGCUAGCGGGCCGAGGUGUCUUCCCCGGCGGGCGCGUAGAGCUGGCGAGCUGCUUUGGCGGAGGCGGCGCCGAGUAGCGCGCGGAGGAAGGAGGUCGGUUCGGCGACGCCGGCGGAAACCUGAGUCCGGGCGGGAGGCCCGACGGCGGGAGGCGACAUGUCGGCUGCGGGGCUGAAGAAGCAGUUCUACAAGGCGAGCCAGCUGGUCAGCGAGAAGGUUGGCGGGGCCGAGGGGACCAAGCUAGAUGAUGACUUCAAAGAGAUGGAAAAGAAGGUGGAUGUCACCAGCAAGGCCGUGGCAGAAGUGCUGGUCAGAACCAUUGAGUACCUGCAGCCCAACCCAGCCUCAAGGGCCAAGCUGACAAUGCUGAACACUGUAUCCAAGAUCCGGGGCCAAGUGAAGAAUCCUGGCUACCCUCAGUCAGAGGGGCUGCUGGGCGAGUGCAUGGUCCGCCAUGGCAAGGAACUGGGUGGAGAGUCCAAUUUUGGUGAUGCCCUGUUGGAUGCAGGUGAGUCCAUGAAGCGCCUGGCUGAGGUGAAGGACUCUCUAGACAUCGAAGUUAAACAGAAUUUCAUCGAUCCACUGCAGAAUCUGUGUGACAAGGACCUGAAGGAGAUCCAGCACCACCUGAAGAAGCUGGAGGGCCGCCGCCUGGACUUUGACUACAAGAAGAAGCGACAGGGCAAGAUCCCCGAUGAGGAGCUACGCCAGGCCCUGGAGAAGUUUGAGGAGUCCAAGGAGGUGGCGGAGACCAGCAUGCACAACCUUCUGGAGACUGAUAUUGAGCAGGUAAGCCAGCUCUCGGCCCUGGUAGAUGCCCAGCUGGACUACCACCGGCAAGCAGUGCAGAUCCUGGAGGAGCUGGCAGACAAGCUGAAGCGUCGGGUGCGGGAAGCCUCCUCACGCCCUAAGCGGGAGUUCAAGCCCCGGCCACGGGAGCCCUUCGACCUUGGAGAGCUGGAGCAGCCCAAUGGGGGAUUCCCCUGUGCCCCAGCACCCAAGAUCACAGCUUCCUCAUCAUUCAGAUCAGGGGACAAGCCUGCCAGGACGCCCAGCAGGAGUAUGCCACCCCUGGACCAGCCAAGCUGCAAGGCACUAUAUGACUUUGAGCCUGAGAAUGAUGGCGAGCUGGGCUUCCGCGAGGGCGACCUCAUCACUCUCACCAACCAGAUCGAUGAGAACUGGUACGAGGGGAUGCUGCACGGCCAAUCGGGCUUCUUCCCACUCAGCUAUGUGCAGGUGCUAGUGCCCCUGCCUCAGUGACCGCGCCUGCACACUGGCUGCCUGCACGUUGCGGCAGCAGCCUAACGCCAAGGUGCUCUAGAAACACUAACGUUCCUCCAGGAGGACCCUCCGCCCCACACUCCCAGCCCUGGGUCCUCCAUCCUAAGACUUGGGAAGGCCCACCCUGAGGUCCUGUCACCUUCCUGGUGGUGUCAGCUCCCACCUGUUUGAAACCCUCCCAGCCCGUUGCUGGCGAUGGGCCCUGGCUCCUCCUCCAGGCUCCCCAAAAGCAAGCAGGUCCUUGGGGUCCCCAGCCUGCAAGCUGAGGCUGGCCAGUACCCCAGUCUGGCACACGGAGCUGCACAUGCACAGCUCCCACGGGACCACAGAACCAGCCUCAGGCCUACUUACUGAAGGCCAAGCACAAAGGUCCCAGAAAGAGGACAUUCCCAGGUCCCUGGCACCUUCCUUUGAACCAGCUCCAUUGCUACCUAUCCAAGUGACCCUGCACCUUUAGGCUGCCACAGGCAGCUGGCAGGUCCCUUCACUGACCAGCAGACCCACCACAGCCCCAGCUCUGCAUUACCCUGCCAGGUGCCAGUCAGCGAGGCCUCCAGCCUGGGCUCAGUCACAUUCCUCUCUACAGCAGUCCCACAACCUAUGGCUCGUCCCUGGCAUGUGGGGCCACACCCCACACCCACAGAUGGGCAACAGUGUUCCACUCCAGCCUGGGCUGAAGCGAACUCUACUCCUGAUUUUUUUAAAAGUAUUAAAUGUCUCUUUCUACA